AUGAAAGUUGUCGUGCUGGGCGCUGGCCAGGACGUGGGAAGAUCGUGUGUUGUUGUGACAAUACAAAACAGAACUAUCAUGUUCGACUGUGGAAUGCAUAUGGGCCAUUCUGAUCAAAGAAGAUUUCCUGAUUUUAAACUACUUGGGCCUGGGCCAUACACUGGGCACAUCGACUGUGUGAUAAUAACCCACUUCCACAUGGACCACUGCGGGGGUCUUCCAUACUUCACAGAAAAGUGCAAGUACUCUGGGCCUGUGUACAUGACGCACCCAACGAAGGCGGUCCUUCCAAUAAUUCUCCAAGACUACUGCAAAGUGUACAGCGACCGGGAAGACCACGCAAAGCACCACUAUCCGACGUACAAUGAAGAAAACAUAAAAGAGUGCAUGAAAAAAAUAAUCCCGAUUUCCAUAGAAGAGACUGUUGAGAUUGAAAAGGGCUUCACCAUCACCCCGUACUAUGCAGGGCACGUCCUUGGGGCUGCCAUGUUUCACGUUAAGGUGGGGGACGAGUCGGUGGUCUACACCGGAGACUACAACAUGUCGCCGGACCGGCACCUGGAUGGCGCGUGGAUGCCCAAAGUGCGCCCUUCUCUUCUGAUCACGGAGUGCACGUAUGCUCUGCUGAUGCGGGACUGCCGGCGGGAGAAGGAGCGGGACUUUAUCGACUCCGUGGUAAAGUGCGUGAAGAGCGGAGGGAAGGUCCUUGUGCCGGUGUUUGCGCUGGGAAGAGCGCACGAGCUGUGUCUUCUUUUGGACACGCACUGGGAGAAAAUCGGGCUGGACAUCCCCAUAUGCACGUCUGCAACGCUUACGCACAAGGCGAACGACAUAUACAAGCAGUUUAUAGACUACACACACGAGCACAUACGGAGCACGAUGCACAAGCGGAAUCUGUUUGACUUCCGGCACGUCAAGCAGUUUGACUCCUCGCUUGCUAGCUCGGACGGGCCCAUGGUUCUGUUCUCCUCGCCGGGCAUGCUCCACUCGGGCCCAAGCCUGGCCAUGUUCAAGAAGUGGUGCGGAGACCCGAAGAACAUGGUUAUAUUCCCAGGAUACUGCGUGCGCGGAACCAUCGGGGAGAGAGUUCUCAACGGAGCAAAAAGGAUCGAGGUUGGCGGAAUAGCGUAUCCCGUGCGCAUGAAGGUUAAAAACAUGCCGUUCAGCGCACACGCAGACCAGAAGGGGAUACUCUCGCUGGUCCAGCAGUGCGAGCCCGACAUGAUAGUGCUCGUGCAUGGAGACAUCCAGCGCAUGAAAAGGCUCAGGCAGAUCCUGGAGACGACGCUCUCCAUCCCCACGAUGCACCCCCCGAUUGGAACCACCAUGUACUUUGAGAGGCCAAAGCACACAACUGCAAGCAUAAGCAAAGAAGCCUUGCAGUACCUGAAGGACAAAAAAGGCAUAGUUGAGGGCGUGAUGGAAGGCAGAGUAGAGGAAAACAAUGGAAGGCCCCAUCUGGUAAUCACUUCCUGUAAAAAAAGCGUUUUCUACCACUAG